GACUGGUCGGUGACGCAUUUCCGGUCGCGCCGCGGACCGUGCUGCGCAGGUGAGUGCGGCGUCGCUGCGGUGAGCGGUGUCCUGGCGGUCCUCGCGCAGGGUCUCCCGCAGCCAGCCUUGCGGCCCCCCACCAGCUCUCGGCGCCCACCGUGGCGAUUCCCGUGUGGCGGCCGCACACCAAGUCCAGAGCGCUUAGCAGGUGGCCGGCCGGAGAAGCUGUCACUGCAGCCAGAGGGUGACCGCGUUGCGGGGGCGAAGCGUCUCGAGGUGACAUCGCCAGUCUUCGGACGCGCUGCGGCCCUACAGGCGCCCCAGCUCCAGCCCUUGAGAGGGAGACCAGGUGAUGGCAGCCAUGAUCCCAUCAGUUUGGCCCCAGGUGAGCUGUGGGCCCCUCAUCCCUUCCUCUGGGCAGUUGAGAUUGAGAACUGAGAAGAAUGCUGGUGAGACUUGGAAUAAAACCUGCUUCUGCGUGCCAAACUGGAUCUUGUGGGAAAGGUGGACAGCCCAGUGUGAAAACGGCAUGCGGUUUCUCUGCUAAGUUGGUGACCUUUGAGGAUGUGGCUGUGUACUUCACCCAGACGGAAUGGGAUAGUCUGUCCCCUGAACAGAGGGCGCUGUACAGGGAUGUGAUGCUGGAGAACUAUAGGAACUUGGCCUCCAUGGGAUUUCUACUUUUCAAACCUGCUGUGAUCUCACAGCUCGAGGAAGAAAAGGAUCUGGAGAGCCUGUCUCAGCUGGCCACUGGCGCAGACUCCCAGGGCCUCUGGACUGACUAUACUGCUGUCCAGACUGGCGAUAAUUUGACAGAAGAAGUAUCUGAAGGAAAAAAGAGUACAGCAUUUGCGCUUCAGAAGGACUUUUUCCAGAAAACAAACCUUUCCAAAACUUGUGUUGUAGACCAGCGACAGGAAGUCCAGUUAAGGGGUAGUGUGACAGAGAAUAUCAGUGCCACUGAUGGACAAGUUAAGACCAGUUCCAUGGGAGGGCAUUUCUGUAGCCAGAUUCCAGAUGUGCCCCAGAAUCAUACCAGCUCCACUGGAGAACAAUACUCUGAUACCAGACUUACUAAGAAUGGAGAAAUUCCUACAGAGGAGAGACCUUUGAAUCAGAAAGAAUUAGCAGAAACCUCUCAAGGUAGCUCUCAAGUUAGUCAGCAUCUAGAAGGCAGCACCGUGGAGAAGCCUUAUCAGUGUACAGAAUGUGGCAAAGCCUUCAGUGUUAAAGCAAAAUUUGUUUGGCAUCAAAGACUUCAUAAUGGAGAGAAACCUUUCAAGUGUGUAGAGUGUGGGAAAUGCUUCAGCUAUAGUUCACACUAUAUCACACACCAGACAAUCCACAGUGGAGAAAAGCCUUAUCAGUGUAAGGUGUGUGGAAAAGCCUUCAGUGUUAAUGGGAGCCUAGUUAGACACCAGAGGAUACAUACAGGAGAGAAGCCCUAUCAGUGCCAGGAGUGUGGAACUGGCUUCGGCUGCAGUUCUGCAUACAUCACACACCAGAGAACCCACACUGGGGAGAAGCCUUACGAGUGUAGCGACUGUGGGAAAGCCUUCAACGUGAAUGCAAAGUUAAUUCAGCAUCAAAGGAUUCAUACUGGAGAGAAGCCUUAUGAGUGUGAUGUGUGUGGGAAAGGCUUUAGGUGCAGCACCCAGCUUAGGCAGCAUCAGAGUAUACACACUGGAGAAAAGCCACAUCGGUGCAGUGAGUGUGGAAAAGGCUUCACUAAAAACGCAAAACUCAUUCAGCAUCAGAGAGUCCACACAGGUGAGAAACCCUAUGAGUGCAGUGAAUGUGGAAAGACUUUUAGUGCUAAAGGGAAGUUAAUCCAGCACCAAAGAAUCCACACGGGUGAGAGACCUUAUGAAUGUAAUGAAUGUGGGAAGUCCUUUCGGUGUAACUCCCAGCUUCGGCAGCAUCUGAGAAUCCAUACUGGGGAGAAGCCAUAUAAGUGCAAUGAAUGUGGAAAGGCCUUCAAUGUUAAUGCAAAACUCAUGCAGCAUCGGCGAACUCACACAGGGGAGAAACCUUUUGAGUGUAAUGAAUGUGGGAAGUGCUUUACUUCUAAAAGAAACCUACUUGAUCAUCAGCGAACCCAUACUGGAGAAAAGCCGUAUCAGUGUAAGGAAUGUGGCAAAGCUUUCAGUAUCAAUGCCAAGUUAACAAGGCAUCAACAAAUACAUACCAGGGAGAAACCUUUCAAGUGCAUGGAAUGCGAGAAGGCAUUCAGCUGCAGUUCUGACUAUAUUGUGCACCAGAGAAUCCACACUGGAGAGAAACCCUUCCAGUGCAGUGAGUGUGGGAAAGCCUUCCAUGUCAACGCUCACUUAAUUAGACACCAGAGGAGCCAUACUGGGGAAAAGCCUUUCCGAUGUGUUGAGUGUGGCAAAGGCUUCAGCCUUAGUUCUGACUGUAUCAUACACCAGACUGUGCAUACUUGGAAGAAGCCUUAUGUGUGUAAUAUAUGUGGGAAAACUUUCAGGUUUAGUUUCCAACUUAGUCAGCAUCAAGAUGUUCAUAGUGAAGAAAAAUCCUAACAGAUGAAGAAAA